AUGGCUUCAGAUGGACCGCCACGUCGACAACGCAAGAGUGUUAUCUCCUUUUCUACAUCCAAUAUUGGAAAUUUAUCAUCACGGGGCUUAGGAGCAGCCUCAUUAACUUCACCUUCGCAAUUAGUUCUUGGAUGCUCGACUGGAAAAUUGGUUCGCACAACACUAGUUAAUUCAUCCUCAAACAUUGAAGGUCGGCAUUCUCCAAAGUCACCGACCCCUCGAUCCAAGCUUCCAUCGCUUGAACGGCGGCGAACAACAGUGAAUCAUACAAACCGCGCACUUGGAGAUAUAUCGUCUUUACCUUUAUCUGCAAAUCCACCUCUAUUUGCGGCCGUUACAACACCACGUCGCGCCCUAUCAAGUAUAGCAACGAUGGUAGCUGGUGAGCCACCAGCAGCUACACAAGGGAUCAAUUCAUCUGUUGACGACUGGAACAAAUUUGGAGCCAACUUGCAAAGAGAAGCUUCUAAUUUACCACCGAUAAGCCCAACUGUUGCUACUGCCGCACAAACAAUUUCGGUGUCAAAUCCAACCAAGUCCAAAUUUGGCACAUCUAUUAACUACAAUACCAAUAUGGGGGGCAAGCAAGUACCAUAUGCACAAAGUCCAGCAACGCCUGCAGGAGAAGCCUUGCCUACAACUAAUUCCGAAUUUCCUGCAAACACCGAUGCAGAUAAACAACAAUGGAAAGCUGCUGUCAAAGCAAAUCAUCCAACUUCUAAUCCCUUCAACUUGAGUAUUCCAGAUCGAGUACAUCGCCGCAAUCCAAGCCUAGAAAACAGUGGAAUGUUGUCGAAAGACAGUCAUUUUGACGAAAUGGCUCUAUCGAAUUCCGCAAACGCUUAUAAGCGCAUGGUUGAAACUGUGGAAAAGGCAAACAAAGUUGAAAGUCAAGGAAGUUUGAUAAUUUUGGGUGGAUCUACUACAAUGACUGUUGUUAAAAAUCCAUUUUCUGGACCGCCUGUGACUGUGGAUAUGGAUCCAAAUUUCGAUGCUAAUUUUGCUGAGAUGAUGGCAACUUUGGAGAAUUCUAUACCUGACGGGUCAACUGAUGCGAGGAAUACAGGUGGUCAUAAAUCUACACAAUCAUCGAAGAUGAGUACGCAAAUGCGGCAAGGUUUCCGAAAUCUAUCUCCUAAUGGAUACCAUAUGGAUUCUGAUUCCGAAACCUCCACUCGAUCUAUAAAUAAUUCUAUGAGGGAGGCAAAUCUUAUGAGCUCUGGAAACCAAACUGGCAGAAUGGCAUCUUCAAGAAUGGAGGUGAGCACACAGGAUCUUUCUUCUGUAUCUCAAAUGGAUUCUGGUUUUCAAACAUCGAUGCAAUCUAUGAACCACUCUACAACUCAGCAGAUUAUGAAGAAUAGUGGUAAUCAGGCUGAGGAGAUAUCAUCAAGAGGUCAAAAUAUGGCCGACGCUUCUCUCGGUGUUGACCUACAAAAAGGUACACAUAGAUCUCAAUCUAGUGGUAAAGGAAAUAUAGCGAACAUCAGCGGUUGUCGUAUCAGUCGAGAGCGUGAUAUAUCACCUACAGAUCCAUUUCGAGUAUCGCCGUGGGAAUCUGGUUCCACAAAAAGUGUAUGGUCAACAGCAAAUGUGGAUGGAUUCUCAGCUCAAGAAAAUCCAGGAGCAAGUAUUGUUGAAGCUUCACCAAUAAUUCAAGCGAAUUCGAAGACAAACAUGCCUGGGUCGUCAAAUCAAGCACCCUCGACAAAUGCUGGCGGUUAUCCGACUGAAUCAUUCACUGGUAGUAACCCGCGGAAUACUUUAAGUGUACGAGGUGGAUAUAACAUGUCUUUUGUGCCAAAUAUGAGGAGCGACACUUUUGCAACUAAGGUUGGACCAGAUACACAAGCUUUACAAAUGCCUUCCCCUCGACCAGCUAUAAUUCAGAAUGGUACUCCUGUCUAUGGACAUACUCCAAAUAACUCAAUUUCGAAACUUGGUCAAAUGAGCUCGCCAUCAUUAAAUUCAACCAAUCUUCCUGCUCGAUUAGGUAUCGAUUUACGCAGAUCCGCUACGCCUAACCAAUCAAUUAUUAACCCUACUCAUGUGGCCUCGCCAGCAGUAGCAAAUACUCCAGCUAGAUCAACAAGGUCGAAUUCCAUAGUAUUGGCAGCUCCUAAUAUUUCCUUUGAAGAGGUAUCCCCGAAUCCUUUGCAUCCCGCCAGCUUUCAUCGCGACUCUCCUCGUAGUCAGCCAAAUACACCUCUUCUUACAUCACCCAAUCCUCUUCACCCGCCAAGUUUUCAUCACCCUACGCCUCGUGCCGUAUGGCCAACCUUCCAUGUCCCGAUUCCUCCAAAUCCUGCCGAAUGGGGUAGUAUUCCGGGCUACUUUCAACCGGGUCAAAUCUUUAACUCUCAAGGAGAUAUGAAUGUAAAUAUGGAUAUGAGUAUGCAUACCCAAUCCCCGGUUUCUCUCCAAUCGGGUCUACAAUCCCAAUAUAAUAUUAAUGCAGGAGGUGAGCAAAAUGUGCAAAUGCAGCAGCAGUGUCAUGGCCAAGUUCAAAAUAUAAUGACUCAAACAGCACUUGAAAAUCAAGCAAGUGAACGCCCGAACCAGGAAAACCCAGUACCAGCUCCCACUCCACCAUGCUCACCUCCAGGUUCCGGUUGGAAUAAUAUGUUACGCCAGCGUCUCAAUUUAUUUGAAACCCAUCAACCUCUCACUGCGCGGUCCACCGGACAUCUUCGUCGCUUGCAAGUUGCUAAUGAAAUUAGUACUUCACUUCAAUAUUAUGAUCUUAAUAGUCCUAUGCCUUUUGAUGGAAAACGAUCUGCUCCACUCUGGGAGCAUCUAGUCAUGGAGCCUCGACUAAAGAAGACUAUUGAUGUAGAGGGAAAGCAAUUAGCUAUUAACCAGUUGACCAUUGGAGAGAACUUUGAAUGCGACUUUUGUACCGGGAAGCCAAAUUCUUAUGGAAUUGGUCCAUACAGCCAUAAUUUCAAUGAAAUAUGGGGUCCCGCUGGUUGUGAUUGGUGUAGGGAAUGCCAGAAAUCCGGGAAACAUAUUGUUCGUGCUGCUGUUCUGGAGAAGAUGGAUCACAAGGAAAAACGGAGAGGAAAGAGACCAGCGAAAGAUUCAGCUGGUUCCGGUCCAUCACCCAAAAAAUCAACUCAGUCAUCAUGCAGUCGCUCGUCAAUGGAAGGAUCUCGAUUAUCUGUUUCUGCUACUUCGACUAGCUAUGAUCGCUAUGCACCCAUGUCUGAGGAAUCCAAUGUUUUCGGUGACCCCCAAGAGAUAUUCUCUGCAAUCGAUAAUAUCUUAAUCAAUCCCUUCAUGCACAAUCUCAUGUGUCGAGGAUCCGAUCAUCGACAAAUCGACAUGAGCAAGACCAAGAUUUGCGAAAGCUGCAAGAUGAGAAAGUUGCAGAUUAUUACUCAUGGUUGUCAUGACGAGUUUAGUCAUAUCGUUGCGUUGAAUACAGAUGGACAAUGGCAGCUAGGCUAUAGUCGCGGACUGCAGGAUCCGAGCCAGAUGGAUGGAUCUGGGGAUUUGAAUAUUGGGUUGGAUAUCCAUGGUUUUAGUUUUGAUGUUGGUGCGGAUUUGAUGGAUGGUAGUGUUACUUUGGAUGAUAUUAAUUCUAUUGUGGAUCAAGGAUUGAAAGCAGGCGGUAUGAAUUCUGGUGGGAUAUCUACGGGGGUUAUGCAACCGGAUAUGGAUUGGGGAGUAAAUCCCAGCAUGAACUCCAUCGUGAACAUCGACAUGGACUGCACGGCGAGCAACACGGAAUUGUCCUGGGACCAAUCCGGCGGGAAUACCACGUCCUCCGCUACUUUCCCCCUACAACCCCUCACAUCCUCACCUCCAAACUCCAUACAAACCCACAACCACAGCAUCCACAUGAACGGGAAACCUCACGGACCCAUCUCCAAAUUCUGCAUGGUGUGUCCAGCACAAUCUAUUUUCCUCUGCGAUGGGUGUCCCUUAACUUUAUGCGAGAGCUGCAGAUAUCGAUUGAGGGAUUUAUGUAAGGGGUGGUUUAACAAUUUGAUUUAUACAAAUGGGACGAAUCAUAAUCGGAAUGAUGCAUUUCUUUUAAGGUCGGAUGAUGGUGGCUAUCAUGAGUAUGGGAAGUUUUGGCCGGUGCCUCCGCAUGUGAGUCUUUAG